GGGUCCUCGCCGGCCCCUCAAGUAUCCCGGCGAAAGGCCGGCGCGGCUCGGAGCGGGUGGGCGGCCGGGAGGCCGGAUCAGCGCGGCCGCGGGACCUGGAGCGCCGGCCGCGUCCUCCCGCAGCGCUGGCCGCCAUGCCCCCGCCGCCCCGGGCCACGCUGGGGUUUCUGCUGCUGCUGCUGCUGCUGCCUCCCGUGCCGCAGGCCGCCAAGAAGCCGACGCUCUGCAAGCAGUGCCGGCAGCUGGUGGACAAGUUCAAGAAGGGAAUGGUGGACACAGCAAAGAAGAACUUCGGCGGUGGGAACACAGCUUGGGAGGAAAAGACGCUGUCCAAGUAUGAAUUCAGCGAGAUCCGCCUCAUGGAGAUCGUGGAGAGUCUGUGCGACAGCAGUGACUUCGAGUGCAACCGGCUGCUGGAGGAGCAGGAGGAGCACCUGGAGGCCUGGUGGCUGCAGCUGAAGAACGAGUAUCCUGACUUAUUUGAGUGGUUCUGUGUGAAAACGCUGAAGGUGUGCUGUUCGCCAGGAACCUACGGACCAGACUGUCUUGCAUGCCAGGGCGGAUCUGAGAGGCCCUGCAGCGGGAACGGCCACUGCAGCGGAGACGGCAGCAGAGAGGGGGACGGGACCUGCCGGUGCCACGUGGGGUACCAGGGGGCACUGUGCACCGACUGCACGGACGGCUACUUCAGCUCGCUCAGGAACCAGACCCACAGCGUCUGCACAGCCUGUGACGAGUCCUGCAAGACGUGCUCCGGCCCAACCAGCAGGGACUGCAGCGAGUGCGAAGUGGGCUGGGUGCUGGAGGAGGACGCCUGCGUGGAUGUGGACGAGUGUGCGGCGGAGACGGCUCCCUGCAGUGACACGCAGUACUGCAAGAACACCAACGGCUCGUACACGUGCGAAGAAUGUGAUUCCACGUGUGUGGGAUGCACGGGAGACGGUCCGGGGAGCUGUAAAGAGUGCGUCCCUGGCUACGCGAAGGACAGUGGACAGUGUGCAGACAUAGACGAGUGCUCACUGGCUGAAAGAGCAUGUGCGAGGGAAAACGAAAACUGCUAUAAUACUCCAGGGAGUUAUGUCUGCGUGUGUCCUGAAGGCUUCGAGGAAACGGACGACGCGUGUGUGCCCAUGGCCCAGGGUGAAGGCGCAGAAGGAAACCCAGCACAGCCGCCCUCCCGGGAGGAACUGUAACACGCCCAACGUCAGAAGCCAGACCUGCCCUUUAAAUUAUUCAGAACGACGUCCUGUAUGGAAUGUGGCCCUGGGGACACCGUCCCCACCCCUGCAGGUGGACAGUCAGAAGGAGAAGCUGCCACCUUUGAAACAGCUGACACUCAUUUGGCCCUUAAAGCUGCAUUUCUCAGUUGUUCAUAAACAGACUCGUUUAUUUUGAUACAGUUCUUUAUAAUAAAAUUGACCGUUGAAGGCA